GUCAUAGAUGUUUGUAUUCGUCCAUACAUGUUUGCAUUUUGCCUGGUCGAGGUUAAGGUGUCGGUCGCACUGAAGCAUGAAUUCCCAUAGGUAGAUGUUUUUGCCUUAGGCGUAACACGUUCAGGAUCAUCCAGCUAUUAACAAUCUAAGGAAGUACGUUUUGGAAAUACCCAUAUGGAAAAUGUCAGGAAAGCGAUACCGCGCGGAUGCAAUAGCCAGCCUUGCUGCUUUUCUAUUUGCCUUUAUGAACCUGGAGCUUGCAUACAGUGGCCCUAGUCGGAAUCUAUUGGGGUUCUCAGUUCCAAAGGUCAAACACAUAUUACCGAGCAAGCAGUACAUAAUUGCCAACAAUACAGCACGAGCAAACGCCCAGUUCCGGGAUACAGGAUACUGGCAGGCUGGAAGCGGAACAGUGGGCCCUGAUGGGGUAAGCCGCCGCCGCUGUGCGGUAGCCCGGGGCACCUGGUGUGGCCCCUACUCACGGCAAACGCCCAUCUCCACACGCCCUGUGCCGCGGGGCUCCAAGGAGUGCCCCAACAAAUGCUCCGGGUGGGGAAACUGCAACUAUGACUCGGGGAAGUGCGAGUGCCCGGCGGGUCGGGGCGGGCCGGACUGCGGCCAGGAGGUUAAGCGACCCUGCUCCAACCGCUAUCGUCACCCCCACGAGCACGACGUAGACCAUGCAGUGGGUCAUAUUGGUCCCGACAAGCACGAUCUAAACCCUUUUGCGCCUGGAUGGCUGGCUAGCAGGUGCUAUGGUUACUGUGUAGACGAUUUGGCGCUGUGUGUAUGCGGCCAUGAGAGCAAGUACCGCCACAUUCCGGCGCCGCCCGGUUCCCCGCCCUGGACCCCUCCGGUGCAGUGGGGCCGGCCCACAGUCGACGGAUGCAUGAUUGGAACCCACAAAGACGGUCGGCGGCUGGACUGGGGUCUGUCGUACCUCAAGUACGAGGACGUGUACGGACCGGACGGCUGGUGCAACAAGGAGGAUCCGACACACCACUGCGGGUGCGUCUGGGACGGCAACGCCUGGCCUUGCGACGGCUCCCGGCGGUAUGAAGCUUUUUGCGUGAACCAGUGUACGGGACACGGCGACUGCCACAUGGGGUAUUGCAGGUGUCACCCAGGCUGGUAUGGCCUUGACUGUAGUCGGAAGCAGGCCGGCGCCGAGCUGGAGGAAGGGCGGCUAGGGGAGCCCUGGCUCCAAGAAGUGGUUGUGGUGCCGCCUGCGUCGCUGCCCACCCCGCCUACACCCACACGGCCCCGCCCACUCAUCUAUGUGUACGACAUGCCCACGGAGUACACCAGCAAAAUGCUGCAGUACCGCCUUGGCGUCGACUCCUGCUUGUGGCGGCGCUAUACGGAGCAGAACACCAGCCUGCUGCUGUCCACCACAUACGCGGUGGAGAUCUAUCUGCACGAGAUGAUGUUGCAGAGCGAACACAGGACAUUCGACCCGGAGGAGGCGGACUACUUCUACGUGCCCAUGUAUAUCACCUGCUUCAUGUGGCCGGUGUUGGGCUGGGCGGACCAUCCCUGGUGGCACGCGCCGUAUGCUCACAGCCGGCCCAUGCACGUGGCCAACAUGAUUCUGGAGGCGCACCAGUGGCUUUCCACCUCUUUUCCCUGGUGGAACCGCAGGGGGGGCAGGGACCACAUUUGGCUGAUGGCUCACGACGAGGGCGCCUGCUACAUGCCCACCGUGGUCUACAACACCAGCAUCAUCCUAACGCACUGGGGCCGCAUGGAUCUGGAGCACACGUCGGGGUCCGCAUACGACCAGGACAAUUACCAUGAACCCAUGAAGGCUGAUACGUUCCACGGCUGGAAGGGCUUUGACUGGGUCAACAAGACCACCGGCCACCCCUGCUACAACCCAGAAAAGGACCUGGUCAUCCCGGCGUUCAAGCCGCCCGACCGCCUGCGCCAUUCACCGCUGCUGAACGGCCUGCCGCUGGUGCGCGACAUCAUGCUGUAUUUCCGAGGGGACAUCGGGGCCGGCCGUCAGAACCACUACAGCCGUGGAAUACGGCAAAAGCUCUUCAAGCUGGCGCACGACGGGGACUGGGCCACGAAGCACAGGAUUUACAUCGGCACCGGCGAGACGCUGCCUGGAGACUACAGCGAGCACCUCUCGCGGUCUAAGUUCUGUUUGGUGGCGCCGGGCGAUGGCUGGUCCCCUCGCGCCGAGGACGCCAUCCUGCACGGCUGCGUCCCCCUGGUCGUCAUGGACGGUGUGCACGCGGUGUUUGAGAGCCUGCUGGACUGGGAGUCCUUUUCGCUGCGCAUCCGGGAAAGCGCGCUGGAGGCAGUGCCCGAGCUGCUGGAGGGGGUGGCGCCGGAGCGGCUGGCUCGUCUGCAGCGUAACCUGGCGCGUGUAUGGCACAGGUUUGCCUACGCAACGGGUCCAGUGCUGAGGCAGCGCUAUAAGUUUAUGUCUGACAGCAACGACAAGGACCUUCCUCGGGAUGUAAGAGAAGGGCUGGCUAAGCUGCCUCCGCGUGAGACACCCUUCCAGCCAGUUCGGGAGUUUGCGUUUGAGGACGAUGCGUUCAGCACCAUCAUGCAGUGGCUCUACCAUCGAAUCAACGAAACGAGGUGACGUGCGUUCCUAUGGGGUUAGGUAUGGGAAUAGGUGUCCGGCGGUUAGCUUUUAGCUCCUGAGGACGGCCGCAAACGGUCGAGGCAAGUAGAGACGUCUGGCAACUCUGACUCACGCGUGCAGCUAGCGUGUUCGGUCGGUUCGUAUAUGGAGGCGGUUUUGGCGCGCAAGGAGGCUGCAUGCGUGGUGCUACUGUAGCUGGCCUGCAUUGGACGCACAGGUGUGAGUACUUUUGGAUCCGGGUCUUGAACCUGCCAACGGUGAGCCGAACCUUUACCAGUAUUGCACAUCGGGCUGUGUCGGCCUUCGGAUCCAGUGGCAGUGUAACCAUAAGGCUAGCGGCACGCAUGCAGCCUUGGUGGUGCCCUCGAGCUUAUGGUGCACACCUUUUGCUAUCUGAUUGGCUCCCAAGACGCAAAGUUAAUGCAACGGUAUCGUGUGUAACAA